AUGUUCUUCUCGACCAAGGCAAGAGAGCAGAAGGCCCCUCAGGGCUUCGAGGCCAUCAAGGUUGAGCGACUCAAAUCUGCCAUCAAGGACUGUGGAGUCCAGAAGCAGUGGAACGCGGCGCUGAAGCUUCUCCGAGGCGCACCUUCGUCGCGCACCAAACCAUGUACAGUCCUGUACAAUGUGGCCAUCUCGGCAUGUGGGGCAGGCGCGCAGUGGCAGCACGCGCUGGCGUUGAUCGGAGAGGUUGGCGACACGAAGCUGGAGCCGGACGUCGUCACUUUCAACGCCGGAGUCGCCGCGUGCGACAGGGGCGGGGAGUGGGGGCGCGCGCUGCUGCUGCUGAGGGAGGCGCGGGACUCGGGCGUGGAGCCCGACGUUAUCACCUACAACGCCUUGAUCAGUGCCUGCGGCAGAGGCGAGGAGUGGCAGCAGGCGCUCGCGGUCUUCGUCGGGGCGGAGGAGGCGAUGCUGGCGCCCAACGGGACCCUAUGUUCACCUACAACGCUGUAA